AUGCAUAUCUCUUUCAGCUGUGAUGCCGACUUCAAACAGUCCAACUGGAUCAAAAAUGUUUCGUUUGAUGACGUCACAAUCACAGACAACGUCAUAGUCUCUCUGAGUGAUGUCAGAACGAAAGUGACAUGUGCACGGGAAUGUCAACAACACCGUUACUGUGUUUCGUUUUCCUACAACAACGAUCACACGUGCCGUCUGCAUUCUGUGAAAUUUGCGAACGCCAGUUAUCUCUCUUCGUUAGGAUGGCGUUACUACUAUUCCGAUCCAGGCGACUGUCCAGUCGAAGAUGGCUAUAUGCAGAUUGACAGCCUGAACUUAUGUAUUAAGGUGUCUACGGACAGGAAAUCGUUCGAUGAAGCACGUGAAAUUUGCAGACAGUCAUAUGCCAGACUGAUUGUGUUAGACACGGAUGAGAAACAUUCAGCUGUCAGUAACUAUAUCACGGCAGGCCCAGACGUCUACUACAUUGGCCUGAGCGACGUGGUCACCAAGGGCGUGUUCGUGUGGGAGGACGGGGAGACCGCUGUGUUCACGGCAUGGGAUGACGGGGAACCGAACAACGCCGGUGGCGGUGAGGACUGCGUGCUCCUGACAGUGACACUGUGGAAGAGCGUGUGGUUCGACAUCUCCUGCAACGCCAAAUACAACUAUAUCUGCGAAAAACAGCCAUAG